AUGUCAAACGAUGAAUUAAAUAGUCUUAAACAAAAUAUUGGCCAGUUCAUUUCUGUAAAUUCAUUUUUCUCUACCAGUGAUGAACGUUCAACAGCUCUCUUCCUCCUAGGUGAUAUAACUACAAAGAUUGAUUCAGAACGAGUAUUAUUUGAAAUUGAUGCUGAUCCUAAAAUAGUCACUACAAAACCAUUUGCUGAUAUUAGUCAACAUAGUUAUUUUCCAGUUGAAUCAGAAGUUCUCUUUAUGAUUGGUUCUAUUUUUCGUCUUAAUAAUAUUAAUCGUGAUGAUAAAGAUCAAAUAUGGAUCAUUAAAAUGACUUUAUGUAAUGAUGAUGAACAUGAUUUAAAACAAGUUCUUAUGUAUAUGAAACAACAAAUCGAAAGUGAUGAAAUAAAUCUUCGAACAUUAGGAAAUAUGUUAUGUGAAAUGAGUAAAUUUGAUUUAGCCGAAAAAUAUUUAACCCGUUUGUUGAACCAACUUCCAUCGAAUGAUCCAUUACAUAUCAGUUUAUAUGAAGAUCUUGCUAAAGUCGCAUCACGGAGCGGUGAACUUAAUAUGAGUGUAGAAUGGCGUAAAAAAUUACUUAGAUUCAAAGAGGAAAAUCCAUUAGCUACUAAUGUUAGUGUUAUUAAAACAAACGAUUCUAUAGAACAAAUUCAAACAAAAAAGAACAAAUAUCAGCAAUUUGCAACUACUGUUGCUGGAGGAAAUAGACAAGGAGAUGAAUUAAAUCAACUCUCUAGCCCUUGGGGGAUCUGUAUUGAUAAUAAUAAAUCAGUUUAUAUUGUUGAUUGGGAGAAUGAUCGUAUUGUUAAAUGGCCAUUAAAUUCAAAUACUGGUCAAAUCAUUGCAGGUGGAAAUGGAAAUGGAAAGCAAAAUAAUCAAUUGAAUUGCCCAACAGAUGUCAUUUUUGAUAAAGAAAAUAAUUCUUUUAUUGUUGCUGAUUGUUGGAACAACCGAGUAAUUCGAUAUUUUGAUAAUAAUCAAACAAAUCAACAAAUUAUUAUUUCAAAUAUUGAUUGCUGGGGUCUGACAAUAGAUAGAAAUGGAUUGAUUUAUGUUUCUGAUUAUGUCAAGAAUGAAGUAAGACGAUGGAAAGAAGGAGAUGAAGAAGGUGAAUUGGUUGCAGGUGGAAAUGGUCUAGGAAAUCAUCUUAAUCAACUCUAUCAUCCUACUUAUAUGUUUAUUGAUGAAGAUUAUUCUCUUUAUAUAUCAGAUGAACUGAAUAAUCGUGUAAUGAAAUGGAAAAAAGAUGCAAAAAAAGGAAUUAUUGUUGCUGGUGGAAAUGGUCAUGAAAAUGGUCUCAACCAAUUGUUUAAACCUCGAGGAGUGGUUGUUGAUCAUGUGGGUCAAAUCUAUGUAGCAGAUUUUAAUAAUCAUCGAGUAAUGCGUUGGUGUGAAGGAGAUGAAGAAGGUGAAAUUGUUAUUGGUGGAACUGGUGAAGGACACCAAUCAAAUCAAUUGAAUUGUCCCGCAGGUUUAUCAUUUGAUGAUGAAGAAAAUCUUUAUGUUGUUGAUCAGAAUAAUCAUCGAAUCCAAAAAUAUGAAAAAAUGUGA